GUUCCAAGGCCUUUAGCAAUGAGGAAAGAGGGAAUUCAGACGAGGAAACGCAAGCCGAAGAACCUUAACAAAACAAAGACACCAGCAGGCCCUUCCAGCAGUGAGAGUCUUACCCCAACCACCAGCUCCACCAGCAGCAGCAGCAGCAGUGCCACAACCACUGAGGAAAUGCGGCCCAUAAAAACAGAACCCGGGCUCUCAUCUCACUAUGGGCACCCUUGCCCGGUUUCUCAGGCAUUCUCAGUCUCUGCCAUGUCUGGACAUGGAUCAUCUAUUCACCCUACGAUUUCGGCUCUGAAGCUCUCCCCGCAGGCUUACCAGUCAGCUAUCAGCCAGUCUCCUCAAAACAGCUCCAAACAGGACUCCUGGAACAGCCUGGUGUUAGCUGAAAACCAUGGGGAUAUCAUAACUGCAUAA